AUGCGUUCUUCCACCAUCAUCCCCGCCGUCCUCUCCCUGGCCUCCCUCUCCUCGGCCCAUUUCCUCAUGAACUACCCAAAGUCCAUCGGCUUCGACGACGACAAGGAGGGCACUGCUCCCUGCGGCGGCUUCACUCCCGACCUCUCGUCCGGCUCCAAGCAGCUCGUUGACUUCCACGUCGGCGGCGACUCGCUGGCCGUCAAGUCCACCCACCCGCAGUCCACCUGGCUGUUCCGCGCCACCCUCGACGCCAAUGCCGAGUCUGGCUGGCAGCAAAUCUUCCCCAUUGUCCAGCAGAGCGGCCUGGGCGAUUUCUGCGAGCCCCAGAUCGUGCUGCCCGCCAGCUGGGCCGGCAAGAAGGGCGUCAUCAGCGUCGUGGCUGAUGCGCCUGACGGUCUUCUCUACCAGUGCGUUGCUGCCAACUUCGUCUCUGGAUCUACCACUCCUCCCAGCGCCUGCAAGAACGCAACCAUCACCGCGUCCUUUGUCAGCGAUUCCAAGCUCUCCCCCCUCGUGUCCGGAAGCACCUCUGGCAGCUCCUCCAACAGCACCAGCACCGGAUCGCCCUCCACUUCCACCACGCCUUCGAGCACUCAGAGCAGUGCUGCUGCUGCCACCACGACCAAAAACGCUGCCGCUGCACUGGGUGUCCCGUGGUCCGUUUCUGGCGUCAACCUGGGCAGCGCCUUGACUGCUCUGUCCAUGUUCCUGGCUGGCGGCGCCUUGAUGAUUUAA